AUGGCGAGUUGGUCGACUUGGGACUUGAUAAUCAGUGCAUCUCAAGCUGAAAUUUUACAAAUCGUGGUAGACUCUGUUCAACAUCAACUUUUUCUGAAAGCCUUCGGGUCCCGGGCCUUGGCCUCAGAGCCAGUAGUCAGGACGGCCCUUAAAUUGCGAGUGUAUAAAAUACAUACGCUACCGGCUUACGGUUAA